AUGCAUCAUAAUAUAGUUGUAUCACAAGAAAUAAGACCUAAUAAAGUCUAUUUGGUAACGUAUCCGGAUGGAUCUCAACGCUAUGUAAAAAAGUAUUUAGCAUAAUAAUAUCAAAAUAUAUUCGAUGUAAAAUUAAAAAAUAUAUUUAGGUCUUAAACACACUUAAAUAGUAAAAAUUUAGAAACAUUGUGAAAAUUUUUGAUGUUAUUAUUGAAAACAAUGAAUUAAUAUGUGUUUAUGAAGAGGCUUGUAAAUAGAAUCUGAGAGAGAUUAUAAAGUCCAAUGAGAAAACUUUUGAUACAUAAGAUAUAUUAAAAUGCUUGUUAGAUAUUAUUGGAGGAUUAUUAGAAUUGAAAAACCUUAAUAUUUUUCAUAGGGAUAUUAAACCAGACAACAUAGUAUACAAUGGAUAGGAUUAUAAAAUUAUUGACUUUGAAACAGCAAAAAGAUUUCAGGAUGAUAGAACAAAAGUCUAAUCUGUAGACAUAGGGUUAAUUUAUAUUUUUAUCUUAGAACUAUUAAUUAUAGAGCACCAGAAAUAAAUCAAAAUAGAGCCUAUUCCUCCUAAUGCGAUGUUUGGAGUUUAGGAUGCUUAUUUUAUUAUAUGCUUUUUAAAUAGGAAGGAGAUCACAUGUAAUAACUUUCUAUUCCCUAAAAUCAUUAUUAUGAUGAUAAAAUUAUUAAAAUACUUAAAAGUAUGUUAGAAAAAAAUGAAACAAAAAGAAUAAGGUUAGAUAAUCUUCAAAAAGAAGUAUAGGAACUCCAUAAUAUUUAUAACAAUCCAACCUAAUCUACAGGAUUGGAAUAAAAUACGACAAAUUUGGUUUCUGAUAUAAAUACAACAAUAGAUAAAAGACAUAAUAAUAUAAACACAUUCAAUAACAUUAUGACUAAAUUAAUUUUUAAAGAAAAGAAUGAAUAAAAAAUAAUAAAAUUAUACUAAUUUUGGACUAAAAGACUUGAAACAAAAUUCUCAGAGGAAAUACAAUAAAGAUAAAAGAUUGAAAAAUUAUUAUUAAUGUAAAUAUAGGAAUUUAAGUAAAAAAGGAUAUAAAUUGAUGUAUUUGCUUCUAUUGAUUAAAUUAAAAAUGAAUUGAAUUGCAUAUAAGAUUUAAAAGACUUUUAUGAUUUUUGA